UAACAGAUUCAUAUUUUAAAUAAUCUGUAAUGAGCAUCUAAAAUAAAAUAAUUAAAUUAGCCCACACGUUAACAUGCUACAUACAUGUGAAUCAUUUAGUAAUAAAAUAAUACACAAUAACAUUAGACUAACAGAGGAACUUUUGCCAUGAGUUGCUUUUAGCCACUUUUCCUCAAGGACUAGGGCUUCGUGAGUAAUUUCACUGAGGUAAAUAAUGGAAAUACUUGACCACCACCAUGAAACUCUCAGCCUGCUGACCCGCGCCGUGUGUGUGUGUGUGUGUGUGUCUUCUAUCGGUUGUAGUUACACAAACGAACUACACACCGCGCGGCGUCGGCGCGCACGCAUGCACGUAUUCGCUCGCGCUGUAUUAUUGCUCAGAAACCAGCCACCAUGGGGAGUUAAGAGGAGGGGAGGGGGGCAGUCGACGGGUCAUUUUCGUUAAUAUUUAAUACCAGAAAGCUUCCCAUAUGCGGCGUUUCGGAGCCCACAGUUCGCGCCACUAUCCCCAAUGCUGCGGAUUACGGGGACCGGGCUCACAGAGACGGGUGAAUUGUUUGCCAGCGAAACCAUUGCCGGAGGGGAACGUCUGACUUCUCCCUUGUGCAAUCAGAGACAUGAGUGUUGUCAGAGAAUUACAUGGGAUCGGGUACAGGGGCGGCGGCGGUGGGGUUGUGGCCUCUCUCGGCGUCCCUACCCACUUUACCGAGGAUGCUCCGCGACCCCCGGUCCCUGGUAAGGAGGGAUCUGAUUUGGACCCCCCGGUCCAGUCGGCCAACAACCGUCCCAACACCCUUUCCCAAACCCUCGGCUAUCCUCCGUCGUCUUCUAAAAUGGGGGACCUAUCGAGCUACACGCCCUCCUCGUCGUCGGCGACCCCGCGGCGCCCGGACCUGGACUUGGGGUACGAACCCGAGGGCUCGGCGUCGCCGACUCCGCCGUACCUGAAGUGGGCCGAGUCGCUCCACUCCCUCCUGGACGACCAGGAAGGCAUCCAGCUGUUCCGAAACUUCCUCUGCCAGGAAGGCUGCGCGGACCUUCUCGACUUCUGGUUCGCCUGCUCGGGCUUCAGGAAGACGAGCCAGGAGAAGCGGGCGAAGCUGGCCAAGGCCAUCUACAGGAAAUACAUUGUGGACGGAAGUGGGAUUGUCUCCAGGCAGAUCAAAGCAGCCACCAAGAGCUUCAUCCGAGACUGUGUGGGAAGGCAGAAUCCAGACCCCGCCAUGUUUGAACAGGCCCAGACGGAGAUCCAAGGCAUGAUGGAGGAGAACACCUACCCGUUGUUCCUCAAGUCGGAUCUGUACCUGGAGUACACGCGUACAGGAGGAGAGAGCCCCAAGCCCAACCCCAGCGAUCAGAGCCCUUCGUCGGGGCCUGCCAAGCCGGUGCCCGGGUACUUACCCACACUAGCUGAGGAUGAGGAGUGGAGGUGUGCAGAAGGUGUGAGGGAGGCGGAGGAAGAGAAGGAGGAGCAGGAGUGUAGAGACACACCAGCUGACAGGCUGACGCAAAGCCUGCUGAUGCACACGGCGCCGCACAGAGCAGCGACCACCAGGAAGAGGCCCGACGCCAGGGAGUACAGGCCGUGGAGGGAGCCGGUGAACCCGUACUACGCUAACAUGGGCUACGCCCGCGCUCCAGCAACCAGUGCCAACGACAGUGAGCAGCAGAGCAUGUCGAGCGACGCCGACACGAUGUCGCUGACCGACAGCAGCGUAGAUGGAAUUCCUCCGUACAGAUAUCGGAAGCAGCAUCGCAAAGAGAUGCAUGAAAGUGCCAAAGCCAACGGACGUGUGCCCCUACCUCAUAUACCUCGCACGUACCGCAUGCCAAAGGACAUCCACGUGGAGCCUGAGCGGUUCGCAGCAGAGCUCAUCUGCAGGCUGGAGACGGUUCUCCGGGAGCGAGAGGCUCAGGAGCGACUCGAGGAGAGGCUGAAGAGAGUUCGAAUGGAAGAAGAAGGUGACGAUGCUGACGUCUCCGUGGCGCCCUCCGUGUCCUCUCACAGCGUACCACUCCCCCUCGCCUCCACGCUCCCUCCUCUCUACGGCGCCCGCUACUCGGAGACCACCGCUAACGCGGCGGUCGCCACCUACGGCGGCCUGGUUGCCAUGGAGGACUCCCAAGACGACGACCCGGAGUCCAUCUUGGACGAGCACGUGCAGCGCGUGAUGAAAACGCCCGGCUGCCAGUCGCCGGGGGCGACCAACUGCGCCUUAGGGGGGGGGGGUCGGCACAGUCCUCCCAAAUCAUCCCGCUCACCUGAAGGGGGGACCGGCCCGCCUCACUGCCCUCCGGGGAGGGGUCACGGCCUGCCUCCUGCCGGGGUCAAAGGUGUUCAUCACCACAAGCAGUUGUACCACCACAGAGGAAGAGACGGCCAGGAGGAGGCGGGCCCUCGGUCUCAGACCAACCUCAUGUGGAACGGGGACCCGGCCGGCCAGUACGCGGGGAGAAGUCGUAACUACGCCGACGGGGCCGGCGCCAGCACGCUGGAUGGCCUGGGCUACAGCAGUAAAGGCAGCACGCUGUCACGGCGAGGCUGCAAGAAGACGUCGGAGACGCUGGGCAAAGGAGAGGAGAGCGGGCGUGGCCUGGAGGGCCAGGUGCCGCUGGAGGAUCUGGAGAGAAACCACAAGAUCCUGCAGUGGAUGAUGGAAGGAGACCGACAGAGGAAGACCUCCCAUGGCGGCAGCACCAGCAGCUCGAGGAGGACGGGGCCCAGCAGCGAGUCGCCGCGCCCGACGUCGGUGGAGCGCCCCGGGGCCGUGCACCCGUGGGUGUCGGCUCAGCUGCGCAACAACCCCUCCUCGGUGUCCCCCGCCGUCCCCGGCUCGGCGUCCACGCAGGUCCAGCCCUCGCACCCGUUCAUCCAGGACCCGGCCAUGCCCCCCAACCCGGCCCCCAACCCGCUCACCCAGCUGGAGGAGGCUAGGAGGAGACUGGAGGAGGAGAGGAGGAGGAACGCACUACAGCAGGCCAAGCAGAGGCACAAGUCCGGUAAGAGGCAAGUGUGCGAGAACAUGACGGUGGCCUACUACUUCUGUGGAGAGCCGAUCCCGUACCGGACCUCCGUCAAAGGCCGCGUGGUGACUCUGGGCCAGUUCAAGGAGCUGCUUACGAAAAAGGGCCAUUACAGGUUCUACUUUAAGAAAGUGAGCGACGAGUUUGACUGCGGCGUGGUGUUCGAGGAGGUUCGUGACGACGACGCCAUCCUGCCCAUAUUUGAGGAGAAGAUCAUCGGGAAGGUGGAGAAGGUUGACUGAAAUUUGCGAUGAUGACACAGAAUUGGGGGGGGAGGGGGGUGGUGUCAUUUAAUAUGAGGGAAAAAAAAAGGAAAUGGGAAGAGAACAUUGUGGUUUGGAUAGAAGUUCAGCUAUGAGAGGAAAAAAAGAAAAGAACGAACAAAAGAAAGUGGAAAGAU